AUGCUAACUAGUUCUGUUCAAGCACUAACAAGCAGGUUUGAUAAGUUCCAAGCAGGAACUUCUAACACCCCACAGGAGUUGUGUCAGUUAUGUCAUGUGCAGGGUCAUGUUGCUCCAGAUUGCCCACAGAUUUCGCAGAAUACAGAAGAGAUGUCAAUCGAGCAAGCCAAUGCUUUCUACUCCUCUAACUCAAAGAGACCUUAUGACCCUUAUUCCAACACCUACAAUGAGGGAUGGAAACACCAUCCUAACUUCUCAUACAAAAAUUCCCAAGCACAACAAAACCCUCCACCACCACCUCCAUCCAACACCUACAACCAACCACCACCUGGUUUCCAACAGAAAACAACCAAUGCCCAACAACCAAUGCAACAACAACCUCAGAAAUCAAGCCUAGAGGUGACAUUAGAGAGCUUUAUAACCGCAACAAACAGUGCUAUCCAACAUCAAAAUAGCUCUAUCCAACAGUUGCAAGCUCAGGGUAAACUUAUGGAGAAUCAGAUAAGCCAAUUGGCCAACCAAUUUAGCCAAGCCCUAAAGACUCCAGGAACCUUCCCGGGCCAGACUAAACAAUCUCAUACAAAGGAGCCAUCAAGGGAGGUUGUUGAAGAAGCAGGUGCAAGAGAAAAGGAAGUUGACAACUCUAGGGUCGAGGAUGAUUCACAGGGAGCACCACCAAAGCCACUUGCUCCGUAUGUGCCUAAGGUUCCUUUUCCUCAAAGGUUAGCACAAGCUAAACUUGAGAAAAAUUUCAGUAAGUUCCUUGAUGUACUUAAAAAGCUUCAUAUUAAUAUUCCAUUUCUAGAUGCCAUAUCUGAAAUGCCUUCCUAUGCAAAAUUUUUGAAAGAUAUGCUAUCUAAUAAGAGGAAGUUAGAAGAGAAUACUACAGUUGCUUUGAAUGCAGAGUGCAGUGUUAUUUUACAGAACACUCUCCCUAAGAAAUUAGGAGAUCCAGGUAGCUAUUCAAUUCCAGUGAAGCUUGGAGAUAUUGAGAUCAACAGGGCGCUAUGUGACUUAGGUGCAAGUGUGAGCCUCAUGCCACUGUCAAUAUGCAAGAAGUUGCAGAUGGGUGAACUCAAACCCACACACAUAUCUCUGCAACUUGCAGACAGGUCAGUGAAGUUUCCUUUGGGCGUACUUAAGGAUGUACCCCUCCGAGUAGGUAAGUUUUUCAUCCCCUGUGAUUUUGUUGUAAUGGAGAUGGAUGAAGAUGUGAAUGUUCCAAUUAUACUUGGUAGACAUUUCUUAGCUACUGCAGGUGCAAUUAUUGAUAUGAAGAAAGGUAAGAUUACUUUUGAAGUAGGUGAUGAGAAAUUGGAAUACUCACUUUUGAAUGUUAUGGGUGCCCCUUCUAUGGGAGACACUGUUUGUCAGGUUGAUGUGCUCGAUGAGCUGCAGAACGAGCAACUUCCCUUGAAUCAAAAUGAUGAUGCCCUCGAACAAGUGCUAUUAGGGAAGGAAGAUGAUAGUGGAGAUUGGCAGUCUAAGGAGUAUACCAGGUUACUUAAUGAAGCAAAGGCCAAUCCAAAUCAGAACCCGAUCAGAGAGACAUUGGAAGCAAUGAGUAUUGGGGAGAGUUCUAAGCCUCCCGAGGUAGAGUUGAAACCCCUCCCCUCUAACUUAAAAUAUGCAUAUCUUGGUCCCAAUAAUUCAUAUCCCGUUAUUGUCAAUGUUGAACUCAAGGACACAAAAUUGGAGCAAUUGCUCAACGUUUUGAAAACAUAUAAAAGUGUCAUUGGGUACACCAUUGAUGAUAUCAAGGGUUUCUUUCAAAUUCCCAUCUGUCCUUGUGACCAGGAAAAGACUACUUUCACAUGUCCAUAUGGCACCUUUGCAUAUCGCAGGAUGCCAUUUGGAUUAUGUAAUGCUCCUGCCACUUUUCAGCGAUGUAUGAUGGCAAUUUUCUCAGGACUCAUAGAAAACUCUAUGGAAGUAUUUAUGGAUGAUUUCUCCUUCUAUGGAACAACCUUUGAUGUAUGUUUUGAAAAUCUAAAAAAGGUGCUCCAAAGAUGUAAAGAAGUUAAUCUAAUCUUAAACUGGGAGAAAUGUCAUUUUAUGGUUCAACAGGGAAUUGUUUUAGGUCAUGUUGUGUCUAAUAAAGGGAUUGAGGUUGAUAAGGCCAAAAUAGAGGUUAUAGAGCGCUUACCACCCCCUAACUCUGUAAAAGGAGUUCGAAGCUUCCUUGGUCACGCAGGUUUUUAUCGGCGUUUUAUUAAGGAUUUUUCGAAAAUUGCUAGACCUUUAACUGAGCUAUUGGCCAAGGAUGUCCCUUUUGUCUUUUCUGAUGCUUGUCUUGAAGCUUUUAACAGGUUGAAGGAAGCUUUAAUCACUGCUCCAGUCAUGCAACCCCCAUAUUGGAGUCUGCCGUUUGAGAUCAUGUGCGAUGCUAGUGAUUAUGCGGUGGGAGCUGUUUUGGGGCAAAGGAAGGAGAAGAAGCUUUAUGCCAUAUACUAUGCUAGCAAGACUUUAAGCUCUGCUCAAAUGAAUUAUGCCACAACUGAAAAAGAGAUGUUAGCAGUUAUAUAUGUUAUUGACAAGUUUCAUUCUUAUUUGGUAGGUUCCAAGGUCAUCAUUCAUACAGAUCAUGCAGCAUUGAGGUACUUGAUGACUAAGACACAUGCCAAACCAAGGCUGAUUCGAUGGAUUCUCCAGCUACAGGAUUACGACAUCGAAAUCAGGGAUACCAAAGGAACAGAGAUUGUCGUUGCAGACCAUCUUUCCCGUCUUCUCCUUGACCCUGAAGAUGGAGAUGAUAUCCCUUUUGAUGAUUCUUUUCCUGCUGAACAUUUAUUAGCUUUAUUACAGACUGAAUCCCCUUGGUUUGCUGACUUAGCCAAUUUUCUCUCCACAGGUACAAUGCCUCAUGGCUAUUCUUCUCAACAAAAGAAGAAAUUCUUUUCUGAAGUAAGGAGAUACCACUGGGACGAUCCCUUCCUCUACAAGGAAUGCGCAGACACCAUGAUCCGUAGAUGCGUUCCAGAAACCGAGAUAAGUAAUAUUAUUUCAUAUUGCCAUGACCUACCUUGUGGUGGACAUGCAGGCCCCUCGAAAACAGUUGCUAAAGUUUUGCAAUGUGGAUUUUACUGA